AUGGGUGAAAAGUGCAAAUCCCGUUUCUCGUGCCUGGAAGUGGUACUCAUUGUCCUCUUCACGCUGAUGACAAUAAUUGCUUUGAUUCUUCUAGUUCUUCUCUUUGCCCCUAAAAAAACCAGGACUACAGACAAUAAUGGCAAGUUACUUAAAGCUGCUGGUUCUAAACACUACCUGAUCGGUGUUGGUCGAGCUGACUGCACUGGACCAGUUGCAGAAGUCCCUUUGAUGGGCUAUGCCAAUCCAGACCAGCUGGCUGGUGGAAUUCUCUCUCGUCUAUAUAGUCGAGCUUUCAUUGUGGCAGAGCCUGAUAAUUCCAAAAGAGUGGUGUUUGUUAGUGCUGACAUAGGCAUGGUGUCUCAAAGACUUAGGCUGGAGGUAAUCAAGCAAUUGAAGAGUAAAUAUGGGGAGCUAUACAGACAAGACAAUGUUAUGCUGAGUGGUACUCACACCCAUUCAGCACCUGCAGGCUAUUUCCAAUAUACUAUCUUUUUGAUAACUAGCAAGGGACUUAUCAAACCAUCCCUUAAUGCCCUGGUAAAUGGGAUUAUAAAGAGCAUUGAUAUAGCACACCAGAAUAUGAAAAAAGGAAGACUUUUUAUCAAUAAAGGUUUGGUAGAAAAUAGCCAAAUCAACAGAAGUCCUUACUCUUAUCUUCAGAAUCCAGAGUCUGAAAGAAACAGGUAUUCAUCAAAUACAGACAAAGAAAUGGUGGUGCUGAAGAUGGUCGAUGUAAAUGGACAGGAGCUAGGCCUUCUCAGCUGGUUUGCAAUUCAUCCUGUCAGUAUGAACAACACAAACCAUCUCGUAAAUAGUGACAACGUGGGCUAUGCAUCUUACCUGUUUGAACAAGAGAAGAACAAAGGACUGCUUCCUGGAGAGGGAUCCUUUGUAGCAGCCUUUGCAUCAUCCAACCUGGGAGAUGUAUCACCCAAUAUCAAAGGCCCACACUGCAUAAACACAGGAGAGUCAUGUGAUAACCCCAACAGUUACUGUCCAGUCGGCGGGGCUAAAAUGUGCAUGGCUGCAGGUCCUGGCAGUGAUAUGAUUAACAGUACAAAAAUUAUAGGACAAAAUCUCUAUUUGAAAGCAAAGGAACUGUAUACUCUAGCUUCCCAGGAGGUAACAGGACCUCUCCAUUCAGCUCACCAGUGGGUGAACAUGACUGAUGUCACUGUCCAGCUCAAUGCCACCCAUACAGGUAAAACCUGUAAACCAGCCUUGGGCUACAGCUUUGCAGCAGGUACUAUCGAUGGAGUGGGAUUCUUAAAUUUCACACAAGGUUCACUAGAAGGGCAGCCAUUCUGGGAAACUAUUCUUAACCAGCUGCUUGGAGAGCCAUCCAAUGAAACAAAAGAGUGCCACAAACCUAAGCCAAUCCUUUUAAAUACCGGAGAGAUUUCAUUACCUUAUCCAUGGCACCCUGAAAUAGUUGAUGUUCAGCUUUUUACCAUUGGGUCCCUCUCAAUAGUUGCUUUUCCAGGAGAGCUGACGACAAUGUCUGGACGGAGACUACGGGAAGCUAUUAAAAGUGAAUUUGAAUCCCACGGGACCCAGGGAAUGAAUGUCGUAAUUGCAGGCUUGUGCAAUGUUUAUACCCAUUACAUUACUACUUAUGAAGAAUACCAGGUUCAACGAUAUGAGGGAGCAUCCACCAUUUAUGGGCCACACACUCUCUCUGCUUAUAUUCAGUUGUUCAGAGGACUGGCCAAGGCUAUUGCUACGAAUACAGUUCAGGAUUUGCCAAAUGGUCCAGAGCCACCAUUCUUCAACAUAACCAACAUGACUUUGUUACCUGUUGUUCUUCCUGAUGUUGCACCAGUCAGUAAAACAUUUGGGGAUGUGUUACAGGAAGUACAACCACUGUACAGAGUGGGAGAAGUUGCUGAAGCAACUUUUGUAGGUGCGAACCCCAGGAAUUCUGCUCAGAACACUACUCUCAAAACCUUCCUUACAGUUGAGAAAUAUGAGAACAUUUCAGGAAAUUGGCAUGUAACGUAUAAUGAUGCCUCGUGGGAUACCAGAUUUUACUGGACCAAAGGAUUUCUUGGUCGCAGCAAGGCCAAAGUAGAAUGGCAUAUUCCAAGUUCUACGGAACCAGGGCUCUACAGAAUACAAUACUUUGGGCACUACAAGGUUCAACCAAUUCUGAAGCCAGCUCAGUUUUAUGCAUUCAAUGGCACCUCUUCAGUAUUUCAAGUUGUAAAAUUGUAG